AUGUUUAACUUGAAUGUGUCUCAUACAAAUCAUCACAGUUUUUUGUUGACGGGUUUACCAGGAAUGCCAGAGAAGAACUCCUGGAUGGCAUUCCCACUGGGACUCCUCUACGCUCUCACUCUUCUUGGCAAUGGAACCAUCUUAUCCAUUAUCAAGAUGGAUAGCAGCCUCCAUGAGCCCAUGUACUAUUUCCUCUCCAUCUUGGCACUGACUGAUGUGGGUCUCUCCAUGUCCACCCUGCCUUCUAUGCUCAGCAUUUUCUGGUUCAAUGUUCCUGAAAUCCCUUUUGAUGCUUGCAUCACUCAGAUGUUCUUUAUACAUGGAUUUGGAGCAGUGGAAUCUGGGGUGUUGGUGUCCAUGGCUUUUGACCGCUUUGUAGCCAUCCGAGAUCCAUUGCGUUAUGCUUCCAUCCUCACCUCUGGGGUCAUAGGCAAGAUUGGAGUAGCUGUCCUUACCCGUGCCAUCUGUGUGGUCAUCCCUGUGCCCUUUCUUAUUAAGAGACUGCCUUUCUGCCACUCUAAUGUCCUCUCACAUUCUUACUGCCUCCACCAGGAUGCCAUGCGACUUGCUUGUGCUAGCACACGUGUCAACAGCCUUUAUGGCCUCAUUGUUGUCAUUUGUACUCUGGGGUUGGAUGCCCUUAUUAUUCUUUGCUCUUAUGUGCUCAUCUUGAAGACCGUGCUUGGCAUUGCCUCAUGGGCUGAGAGGCUCAAGGCCUUCAAUACCUGCCUUUCUCAUAUCUGUGCUGUGCUGCUGUUCUAUGUACCCCUCAUUGGUGUCACCAUGAUCCACCGCUUUGGAAAGCAUCUGUCACCCAUUGUUCACACACUUAUGGCCAAUGUGUAUCUGCUACUCCCACCUGUACUUAACCCCAUCAUUUAUAGUAUAAAGACUAAGCAGAUCCGUAAGAGGAUAAUCCAGGUAUUCUUUAGAAGAAAGGGAAGGGCUUAG